AUGAGCUACGACCAGCACACGGUAUGCGAAUCCUGCCUGGGGUCAGAGCACGCGUAUGCGGCUCUCAGCCAGCAGGUCGCAUGCACGCACUGUGCCCGUCUCCCCUCGGAUGACAGGAAGCGUAGAGCGGACGCUCUCGCUGCUGCGGCCGAGGAGGACGAUUGGCCCGUCCAGGUUUUCGAGCCCGUGGACGGCAGCCUCAUGUCCCUGGAGCCGAGUGCCGGGCAGGAGUCGGACGACUCCUACCCCGUGGAGGGAUUCACAGAUGCUGGAUUCCCAGCCACCCCUUCGCUGGAGCCGGGCCUGACGGCGUUUUUUGGGGUGAGGCAGGCCAACAUGAUCGCCGGACGGCGCCCUACGUUGGCCUCCCCCAGGGACCAGUAUGUCGCCCGCCAGGCCGACCGGGUGCACCAGUGUGCCUUUCAGGCGUUGGCGGCGGCGAACAACAUCGCGCUGCUCUCCAACUCGGUGGUGACGCUGGUGGAGCGGUCCACCACCUUGGCCGCUGAUGAAGCGGAGGAGAUCGGCAAGGCGGCCAGCACGGCGCUCACACUGCGCGUCUGUCGCUGUCUCCCAGGCAAGGAUCGCCGCGUGGGUGACGCAGAUCCAGCGCCACCUCUGGCUGCAGCAGGCGUCUGUUACAGAGACGGCCAGCAAGCUGGCUCCAGCCUGCUGGGCGGCCACAGCGGCACCUACGCCCGCAGCAGCCGCAGCGUCCAACCCGGCCACAGCGGCAGGCGGAGAGGCAUUCUCAGCAACCGCAGCGUCAGCGCCCGGCGGCGGCGGCAGGGGCUCCACCCCGCGUCUCCGCUCCCCCGCCACCCCAGAGACGAAGGGGCAGAGCUGCGGGAACUCCUGUUGAAAGAGGCUAUUUCCAGGGUUCCUCAAGGGGAAGAAAAUCAGGGGUAUUACUCCCGCUAUUUUCUUGUCCCGAAAAAGACAGGGGGAAUGAGACCCAUCCUCGAUCUGUCAGUUUUCAACAAGGUCAUAAUGAAAAGGCCUUUUCACAUGCUGACGAUCAGACAGGUGCUGGAGUGUGUUCACCAGGGAGACUGGUUCACAUCGAUAGACCUGAAGGAUGCAUACUUCCACGUAGCCAUCAUCCCAAAACACAGGAAAUACCUGCGUUUCUCAUUCCAGGGAAUAUCGUACCAGUACAACCGUCUGCCGUUCGGAUAUUCUCUGGCUCCUCGCACUUUUUCGAAGUGUGUAGAGACGGCGCUGCAGCCGCUACACAGAGGAGGGAUGAGAGUGCUGUUUUACCUGGACGACCUGCUAUUGCUGGCUCGCUCCAGAGAGGAAGUUGCUUUACAGACGGUACAGCUCGUAUCUCAUCUGUCAAAGCUGGGUUUCAUAAUAAACUGGAAGAAGAGCUGCCCUCUUCCCUCCCAGAGUAUUAUUUACCUGGGUGUGGAAUUGAACUCAGCCCGCAUGAGAGCGCGACUCUCACAGCAGAGAGUGGAGGCACUGACAGCUCUUCUCCGAUGCGUCACACCUCGCAGCGUGGUGACAGCCCUCUCCAUGAUGCAGCUGCUUGGCAUGAUGGCAGCUGGUCAUGUGGUGAUUCCCCUGGGUCUCCUUCACAUGAGGAGACUCCAGAGGUGGUUUAUUCGCCUGCGCAUCGACCCCGUGCGACAGAAGAGGCGCAUGGUGGCCAUCCCUCCUUCCGUGGGUUCAGACUUAACCUAUUGGAAAAGUCCCCACGUCCUGUCAGCGGGUGUGCCCCUGGGCAGAGUUACGUCACACAUCUCGGUGUUCACAGACGCAUCUCUCUCAGGGUGGGGAGGAACGUGUAUGUCGCAGGCAGUGGGGGGACAGUGGCCGGCUCACAUGUCCCUCCACAUAAACGUGCUGGAAUUGCUCUCCGUACGGAGAGUAAUCCAGUAUUUUGCCCCGUUGCUGCGGAAUCAGCAUGUGUUGAUUCGCACAGACAACAAAGCCGGGGCAGCCUACAUCAAUCGCCAGGGCGGAGUACGCUCAGCGCAGCUUCUGAACACAGCCAGGCCGCUGUUGAUCUGUGCGCGCGCACACUUGCUCUCCAUCAGAGCAAUGUAUGUUCCCGGCGAACUGAACAAAGGGGCAGACCUCAUGUCCAGAGGAGGUCCUCGCCAGGGGGACUGGAGCCUCCAUCCCGAGCUGGUCUCCCAGGUAUGGAGCCGGUUCGGGAGAGCAGAGGUGGAUCUGUUCGCCGCACGCGGGAACGCGCAAUGCGCCCUCUGGUUCUCCCUGAAAGCGCAGGACCACCCCCCCCUGGGGGUGGACGCGUUCGCACAUCGACCAUGGCCCAGGGGACUGUUGUACGCUUUUCCACCAGUCCCGCUGAUCCCUCGGUUCCUGGACCGAGUGCAGGAGGAGCGACUGUCAGUGAUCCUAAUUGCCCCGGAGCACACGGGCGCUUCCUGGUUUCCAUGCCUACAGCGUACGCUGUCAGGCAGACCGUGGGAAAUUCCGUGGCGCGGGGACGCUCUCUCGCAGGUGGAGGGAGCGAUCAACAGUCACCCUGUGAUAGGCCAGCACUUAUGGGCAUGGCCCCUGAACGGGAACACUUAG